ACUGCAGACUUGUCGGCACAGCCGUUGUAAUAUAUCCAUUCGAUCGAAGCAAUCGCGCCUUGAACCCUAGCUCCCGCCGCCACCCCACGCCUGCAGCCAUGCCGCCCAAGCUCGACCCGUCGCAGGUGGUGGAGGUGUUCGUCCGUGUGACCGGCGGCGAGGUAGGCGCGGCGUCUUCGUUGGCCCCCAAGAUCGGUCCGCUCGGUCUUUCUCCCAAGAAGAUCGGAGAGGACAUUGCCAAGGAGACGGCCAAGGACUGGAAGGGCCUCCGCGUCACCGUUAAGCUCACUGUCCAGAACCGACAGGCCAAGGUCUCCGUCGUUCCCUCUGCCGCGGCGCUCGUCAUCAAGGCGCUCAAGGAGCCCGAGAGGGACCGCAAGAAGGUCAAGAACAUCAAGCACAGCGGCAACAUCAGUCUCGACGACGUCAUCGAGAUUGCCAGGACCAUGAGGCCCAGGUCCAUGGCCAAGGAAAUGUCCGGCUGCGUCAAGGAGAUUCUCGGCACCUGCGUCAGCGUCGGCUGCACCGUCGACGGCAAGGACCCCAAGGACCUCCAGCAGGAGAUUGACGACGGCGAGGUGGAGAUCCCGUCCGCUUAAGAAGAGGGAUUGGAGUCUAGGAGGGUUGUCUGUCUACUGAAGUAAUUCUCUCUAGCUAGAUUUGUCUGUUGAAGUAAUUUUCUCUAGCUAGAUUUUUGUUAAAAUGUAUCUCUGCUACCCAUUGCUAUGGUUUUCUGGUGGAUGCGUGCUUUUUACUAUAUAUAGCUAGGAACAGUGUCUUUCAUUAGCUCCACUGCACAAGGCUCAUGCUGGAUGGGGGCAGCGAUGAGAUUUUCCCAGCUCCAAACUCAUGCCAUAUGCAGUUAAACAAUGUGCUGAACAACUUCAAGCCUGUGGGCAAGCAUUAACUCUCAUUUUGAAAAAAAAGACGCCUAACAAAUAUUGCUUCGGUUUGAAUGACUCGCCCAGGUUGGAUUUUGUCAAAGCGUCUGUAGUGAUCGCUUGUUUCUGGAUGCAGCAGCUUACCUGUUGAUUAAUAAAUACUUCCAUGUGCUUUGAUGGUUU